AUAUCUUCUUGCCUCCCCCCCCCCCCCAGGGAGGGUAAGUACGGGCAUGCGGCGUGCUUCGGGUUGCAGCCCGGCUGCCUCCUGCCUGACGGCCGGCGCCAGAUGUCGGUGGCGGCCAUGGUGGCCAACUUCAGCAAGGCCACGGCGGAGGCCCCGGCGCUGCUGCAGCACGACGAGGUGGAGACCUACUUCCACGAGUUCGGACACGUCAUGCACCAGCUCUGCGCCCAGGCGGACUACGCCAUGUUCAGCGGGACCCACGUGGAGCGGGACUUCGUGGAGGCUCCGUCCCAGAUGCUGGAGAACUGGGUCUGGGAGCGGGAGCCUCUGCAGAGGAUGUCCAAACACUACAAGACCGGGACCCCGAUCCCAGACCAGCUGCUCGACAAGCUCAUCAAGUCCCGGCUCGCCAACACCGGUCUCUUUAACCUGAGGCAGAUCGUUCUGGCUAAGGUGGAUCAGGCUCUGCACACCAGGACGGGACUGGACGCCGCCGAGGAGUACGGACGUCUCUGCGAGGACAUCCUGGGGAUCCCUGCGUCUCCAGGGACCAACAUGCCGGCGACCUUCGGGCACCUGGCGGGAGGCUACGACGCCCAGUACUACGGCUACCUGUGGAGCGAGGUCUUCUCCAUGGACAUGUUCUUCGCUCGCUUCAAACAAGAAGGAAUCAUGAACCCUAAGUGGGUCUGGACUACAGGAGUUCAUCCUGCGUCCCGCGGCUCGGAGGACGCGUCUGAGAUGCUGAGAAGUUCCUGGGCCGGGAGCCCCAGCAGGAGGCCUUCCUCCUGA